AUGACGUCUGCUGCUCUCGAUCGUGCUCUUGUCACGAGCCACUCGCCCGUCCCCAUCUCCUUGCGCUUCGUGUUCCGCUUGACGGCCACCUUGGCCACGCCAAUAGCGAUCGGCGACAGUGGCCAAGGCCUGCGCAAGGUCGUCCCCCUCACCGGUGGGGUCUUGGAGAGCAAGGCAGAUGGGCAGCUCGGCGAGGGCGCUUUUGACGGAGCCCAGUGCGUCGGUGGAGGGGCAGACUACCUGACCGUCGAUGCCAGAGGGCUGUCACGUCUUGAUGCACGCUAUGUGUUCCAGCUCAAGAGCGGGCACUACCUCUACUUUCAGUCUAGCGGGACCCGCUACGUGCCGCCUGGUGACGAUGAAGCAUCCAGACUGCUCAGCAGUGGAUCUGACAUCGACCCAAGGCGCUACUACUUCCGUCUCAAGCUCGUGCUCGAGUCCGACGAUGAAGAUGCAGGCGUGCAGGGUGCCUGCAGGAGCAUCGUCGUCGCCAGCGCUGUUCGCGGAGCAACCAGCAUCGUGUAUGAUGCGUACGUUGUGGGAUGAGACUCAAGAAUGCUUUGGUGACAUGCUCCUCCCUCCUGAUAACACAAAUAUCACAAGCGUUCGAUGAGCAACGUGUGCAAUGAGAGGGAAGGCUUUAAAGCUUGUCUAGCACGAUCCUUGAAUCAGUCAUCUGGAAAUGAGUUCAAC